AUGUUAAAUUUCAAAGUCUUACAAACACCAGCUGUAAUCAUUGAUAAUGGAUCCGGGUCUUGCAAAGCUGGAAUUUCUGGUCAGUCGGAACCACAAUCCAUUGUCCCAUCUGUUGUUGGUCGUGUUCAAGAGAGAGCAGAGGAAUUUUAUAUUGGGGACAGAGCCCUCUCCAAGAAAGGGGCCUUGCUGAGUUAUCCUGUUGAACGUGGGAUUAUUUCCUGUUGGGACGAUAUGGAGAAGCUGUUGAGAUACAUCUACAAACAUGAACUUAAAGUGAAGCCCAGCACAAGGCCUGUGUUUCUGUCGGAGCCUCCCAGGAAUCCACGGCAGAACCGGGAAAAAAUCACGGAGCGAAUGUUUGAAGACUUUAAGGUUCCGGCUUUGUACCUUGCCAUCCAAGCUACUCUAGCUUUGUACACUUCUGCUCGUACCACAGGUUUAGUGCUGGACAGUGGAGAUGGAGUAACACAUGCUGUCCCCGUUUAUGAUGGAUACUGCUUACCUCAUGGAGUAUCCAGACUCGCUGUGGCAGGAAGGGACGUAACGGAUUACCUCGCCAGCCUCCUUUUGGAGAACAACCCAGCUUCAGUAAGCCGGGCCAAGAAGACUGUGGUGAGGGUCAUCAAAGAGAAGUUCUGUUAUGUAGCUUUGGAUCCCAAGCAAGAAGCUGAGAAGAAGGUGGAGGAGAUCCUGAAGCUGCCAGAUGGGAAUGCCAUCAAAAUCCAUCUGCAUCUCUGCCAAGCACCAGAAAUCCUUUUCACACCCAAGAUCAUAGGUGUUGAGGCACCAGGCGUCCACACCAUGAUCACCAAGAGCAUCCGGAAGUGUGACAAGGACAUUUGGGCUCCCCUGUAUGGCAAUGUGGUCCUCUCAGGAGGGUCAUCUCUUUUCUGGGGCCUGGAUGAAAGAAUCUUCAAAGAGAUCGAGCAGCAAGUUCCAAAAGGGGUUCCCAUACGAAUCAUAGCGCCCCCAGACAGGUCCUGUGCAGCUUGGGUGGGAGCAUCUAUUAUUAGUCAGCUGGUGUCUUUUCAACCAAUGUGGUUUACGCUUGAGGAUUACAAAGAAUUCGGUGUGGCUGGGAUUCACCGGAAGUGUUUUUAG